AAGCGACGAAACAAAGGAGCGAAAGAGAGACGAACGAGGGAGGGCAGGAAGGGGGCCGCCAGGGAGACGGGAAGGAAGCGGGGGGGGAGAGGGGAGCAGGAGGGAGCCGGGAACACCCACAGAAAAGCAAGGGCAAGGACCGCCGACGGCCAGCGACGGAACAGGGCAAAAAGCAGGCAGAGCGGGCCGCAAAACGAGGCAGAGAAACGAGGCCAGGCAGGGGGGACGGCAAGGCGGGAGGAGGGGAACGCCGGAGGAGCAGGGGGGACCAAGAAGGCAGGCAAGGCGCGGCAGCGGAGGCAAAAGGCGGCAGCGCGGGGACGAACCAGAGGGAGGAAAAGGGACCACAGGACGCCGGGGCGGGCGGCCGGACACGGGCGCCCGAGAGAACACAGGAGAGAAGGGAAAAGGCGGCGGCGCGCCGACAAAGCCCGGAAGGGGCAGGCGCCAGCGGACCGGAAAGAACGCAGGAGACCCGACGGGCCGACGAGGGCAGGGCGGGCCAAGAAGGCAGGGGGGGGGGGGGGGCCGAGAGGCGCGAAAAGGACAAGGGGAGCCAGAGCCGGGGCGGAGCAAGCGCCACGGGGGGGGAAGCAGCGGCCAGGGGGGGGGCGGACGGCAGACACCCGAGCCGGGGGGAAGAGGGCGCGGAAGACCGGCCGGGGGGAGAAAGCGGAGAGGGAGGGCGGAGGAGAGGCAGCCCCGAGGGGGGCGGAGAGAGGCGGAGGGGGGCGGGGGACAGCGGACGGCGGCCGGCGCGCGGGCGAGACCGGGGGACGCGCAGGGGCCGAGGAACCCAGCGGCCCCAAAGGGCGGGCGGGGGGGGGGCGAGAGACGCCGGGAGCCGGAGGCAGGGAGGAGCCGGCGGGCCGGGGGCAGGGAGCGCGAGGCCGGGAGCGGGAGGCGGGGCGGGGGGCCGGGAGCAGAAGGCCGGGAGGGAGAGCCGCGGGGAGGCAGCGGCCGAGGAGACACACAGGCAGGGCCAAACAGGGGGACGACCGAGGGGGCAAAGGGAGGAGCGGGGCAAGGGACACACGGCAGCGAGGGCACGGCGGGCCGGCCGGGGAGAGGGAGCCCGCCGCGGGGGCGCGCCCGGAGGGGGCGCCCAGGGGCCCCGGGAAACGGGGGGGGGGCGCGGGAAGGGGGGCCGGGGACGAGGGGAGGGGCGAAGGACAGAGGGGGGCGGAGGGGCAGACGGAGAGGCGGGACAAACGGGGAAGGCCACGGAGACAAAGGGAACAGGGGGGAGAGGGG